CAUCAGAGAACCCACACUGGGGAGAAGCCUUACCAAUGUAAGCAGUGUGGGAAAGCCUACACUCAGAAGGCCAGUCUGAUUCUCCAUCAGAAGAUGCACAACGGGAAGAAGCCUUAUGAAUGUGGCCAAUGUGGAAAGACGUUCUCAAAGGGCUCUAGUCUUGCUUUCCAUGCGAAAACGCACAAGGGAGAGAAACCCUACGAGUGCAGCCAAUGUGGGAAGAUUCUGAAAUGCAGCUUCAGUCUCGUUGUUCAUCAGAGAAUCCACACUGGAGAGAAACCCUAUAAGUGUGACGAGUGUGGGAAGAGCUUUCGACAGUUCUACAAAUUUGCUGAACAUCAGGGAAUCCACACAGGAGAGAAACCUUACGAAUGUACCCAAUGUGGAAAGACUUUCCGAAGGAGCAACAAUCUUAUUAAACAUCAGAGGAUCCACACUGGUGAGAAACCCUAUAAGUGCAGCCACUGCGGCAAGUCCUUUUCCCAAGGCUCCCAGCUUGUCUUCCACGAGAGAACUCAUACUGGAGAGAAGCGUUACGAAUGUGAUCAGUGUGGGAAGGCUUUCACGUGGAACUCCAGUCUUGCGCUACAUCAGAAGAUCCACAGAGGAGAGAGACCUUAUGAGUGCAAAGACUGUGGCAAGACGUUCCGAGUCAGGGCCAUUCUUAACCUCCAUCAGAGAAUCCACACUGGAGAGAAUCUUUAUGAAUGUAGCCAGUGUGGAAAAGCUUUUACCCAAAAGUCCAACCUCACCCAGCAUCUGAGGACCCACAGUGGAGAGAAGCCUUUCAAAUGUUGCCAGUGUGGAAAGGCUUUCAAGUAUAAGAAGAGUCUCGACGUACAUAAGUGUGUCAAAACGGCAGAGAAGCAUUUUGAGUGUCUUCAGUGUGGAAAGAUUUUGAAGAGCAGGAAGAGUUUCGUCUUCCACGAGAGGCUUCACACUGAAGAGAAUAUCUAUAAGUGUGACCAAUGUGAAAAGAUUUUCCAAGGCAAAAAGGCCCUCGCUCUGCACAAGAAAGUCCACACUGGAGAGACACGGUACGAAUGUAAGGACUGCGGGAAGGUUUUCAGCCAGAGUUGUCGCUUUGUCGUCCAUCAAAGAAUCCACACCGGAGAGAGGCCUUACGAGUGCGAUCAGUGUGGGAAGACGUACACCCAGCGGGGCCAUCUUACUGUGCAUCAGAGGAUCCACACUGGAGAAAAGCGUUAUGAGUGCACUCAGUGUGGAAAGGCUUACACCCAGGGCAGCCAUCUCACUGUGCAUCUCAGAGUCCACACCGGAGAGAAACCUUACGAGUGCA